AUGAUAGAAUCACAGGACAUAUCAGAUGAAAUAGAGCACGACGUGGAGCAAACAACGGCCAGACCCAGAGACUGCGUCGACUGUGGCGAUGCUGAGCAGAACGAGGCUACCGAAUCAGAUCACUUGAAACGGUCUCAUAAGCAGGUUGGUGGAAAUGGAUCCAUAGGGGGAGUUACAGAAAGGAGAAGUCUGUUUGAUUCGUAUCGAAACAUUUUUGAUGGGCGAGUGAAAAUAGACGAGGGUGAUUCUGGCAAAAACAGCCCUAAAAUCACAUCAAUGAAUAACGAUACAGGGGAGAAGAAGCUGGAGAACGAAGCAAGGGGGUGUCAUCGGGCGUAUCCAGAGAUGCAGAACACGGCACACGGGUAUGAGAACGAGCAUAUGAUGUAUUUUGAUGAGGAGCAUUUUUACAACAUGCAAACAAACAGAGGCGAGCAGGUGGGGAUGAAGCAGGAGCAGAUGGAGCCAUUCUACGCAGAGACAGGGCCACAAGAGAACAUGCGGUACCAGUCUGGGGCGUACGGUGACGAGCAGAGCUUCAUGUACCCAAAUGCGUAUCAAAUUGCAGAAAUGAAGAAGCAGAGGCGGAACAGGCUUCCUACGAAGAAGAAGAGCAAGCAGCGCAUCUGUUCGAACUGCAAGACGACGUCAACUCCGAGCUGGAGACGAGGCGGAAAUGGCCGCGUUCUCCUUUGCAACGCCUGUGGGCUCUACCUGAAGCUUCAUGGGCGAAAUAGGCCAUUUUCAAUGAAUUCAGAAGGAAGGACUAAGGCAGUCAAGAACACGCCAGAAACAGUCGCAUGCAUCGUAUGCAAUACAGCAGGACGCGUCAACGAGUUCAAGAACACUCAAAGUGGCUCAACGUGUCCAACAUGCUACAGCUACUAUCUGGAGCAGAUGAGAGCCAACAACAUGCUCAGCAGAGGUGAGGAGUACUACAGUCCAAUGCAGGAUGACUCGUACUACUGGCAGAAGCAACAGGAGUACUACGACCAAUAUUAUUCACAGACAGGGGGAAAUGUGCAAGAGUAUGAAGCACAGGGGGAGUACUAUGGCUCAGAGGAUGAACAGACGUACAAUGAACCACAUAACAGUCCAAGAUAG